CCGCCCUGCCCUGCCGCUGCCGCCGCCGCCAGCCCGCCCGGCUCUGCCGCUGCUGCCAGCCCGCCCUGCCCUGCCGCCGCUGCCAGUCCGCCUGGUGCUGUUGCAUCUGCUGGCCUAUCUGAUUGUGCAGCCACCGCCUUCAGCCUGCCCCGCCAAGCCCCAGCUGCUGCUGUUGCCAGACCGUAUAAAGUGGAUGUAUGUGUCAAUGGUGUUCCACUGACCAUGGAGGUGGACACUGGAGCUUCUUGUAGUCUCAUCAGUCAUGAUCAGUACUGUGCGCUGUGGCCUGACCUGUCUGCCCGACCGCCCCUGGUGUGCUCUGGCCGUCGCCUGUUGACGUACAUGAGAGAGGAGGUCCCUAUUGAGGGAGUGGCUGAGGUCCAGGUGUCCUACCAGGGUCAGACAGCUCAGCUGCAGCUGUUGGUUGUGGGACAACCUGGGCCCGCCCUGCUGGGACGUGAUUGGUUACAAGUGAUUCGUCUUGACUGGCAGUCCCUGUGCAUGAUUGGCUCUGAGGAGUGCCUCCCCGGUGAUGCCCAGUCGCUGUUACAUAGUCUGAAGAAGAUGGAGCUGGAGUUCCCAGAUGUGUUUAGCCCUGGUUUGGGUUGCUACAAACCUCGUAAGGUCUCGCUUCAGGUGGACCCGUCAGCGCCAGCCAAGUUCUACAAGCACCGCCCGCCUCCGCUGGCGUUGAAGAAGGACAUCGAAGAUGAGCUGGACCGUCAGGUGCAGCUGGGUAUUCUGCGCCCUGUUCCGACUUCUGAGUGGGCGGCACCCGUCGUCCCAGUGAAGAAGUCUGACGGUAGUAUACGCCUGUGCGGUAGCUAUGAUUUGACGGUUAAUACUGCCACGUCUCUGGAGUCGUACCCACUGCCCCGGACAGAGGAGCUGUUUGCGGUUUUGUCAGGAGGCCGUUACUUUACCAAGAUUGAUUUGCGCGAAGCUUAUCUACAGUUGGAACUUGAUAGCCAGAGUCAGAUGUAUACUACCAUUAACACACACAAGGGCCUGUUCUGUGUCACUCGCCUAGCUUUUGGUAUCAAAUCUGCAGUCGCCAUUUUUCAAAGGGAAAUGGAAACUUUGUUGGCGGGUGUGCCUCAUACUGCAGUGUUUUUGGAUGACCUUUGUGUCACAGGAAAGACGCCGGCUGAACACCUGUCGAACGUGAGGGAGGUGCUGCAACGUCUCUCUGAUGCCGGCCUCAAGAUCAACGUGAGGAAGACGACCUGGUUGGCGCGUGAAGUGUGCUACCUGGGUCACCGCAUCUCGUCCGCCGGAAUUCAGCCGUCCGACGACAAAGUGAGCGCCGUGAUGUCUGCUCCUGAGCCCAAGAACCUGCCAGAGUUGAGAGCCUACCUCGGCCUACUGCAAUACUACAGCCGAUUCCUGCCGCGCCUAAGUACAGUUGCUGCUCCGCUGUACAAUUUAGGUGGUGUCGCCGAGGAUGGUCCGCUGGAAGCUGACCCUGACCGGCUACGAUUUCGAUCUGAAGUACGUUCCAGGGAAGGAGAUCAGCAACGCGGAUGGCCUCAGCCGCCUGCCGGCUCCGUUCUGCCCGCCGGACCCGCCGCCGCCGGCCGAGGUGGUACAGAUGCUGGACGCCGCGGAGAGUCUGGUCUCGGUCGCUCAGCUUCAGGCCGCCACCCGUCGAGACCCCGCUGUUUCCGCCGCGUACAUCUUUACUCGUGAUGGAUGGCCCGAGGUCUGUCCCAGAGAUGAGUUAUCAUUCUUUUUCAACCACCGUCAUGAGUUGAGCAUCGAGAAUGGUUGUUUGUUGUGGGGUUUACGAGUUGUCGUGCCUACUCAGCUGAGAAGUCGCGUCCUGUCUCUGUUGCACAGUGGCCAUCCUGGAAUGACGGCGAUGAAGCAGCUCGCCCGGAGCGUCGUCUGGUGGCCGGGACUGGACGGCCAGAUUGAGGACCGAGUAAGGGCGUGUCAGGCGUGUCAGGCGGACAAAGGUAAGGUACCAGUGGUACCUUUGAAACCCUGGAUAUUCCCCACCGAGCCGUGGAGCAGAAUUCAUGUUGAUUUUGCCGGCCCCGUGGAGGGGAAGAUGCUUUUAAUAGUUGUGGAUUCGUUCACCAAAUGGCUUGAAGUGUUUGUUACGAGCUCAACAAGUUCAACAUGUGUGAUUGAAAACCUUCGCAAGUGUUUUUCUGUUUUUGGAUUACCGUUAGUCCUUGUGUCAGACAACGGCACCUGCUUUACGAGUGAACAGUUUAAGUUGUUCUUGUCUGAGAAUGGUAUCCGGCACGUCUGUAGCCCGCCGCGUCAUCCCGCCUCCAAUGGCCAGGCUGAGGCUUUGGUGAAAGUCGUAAAAUCGGCGUUGAAGAGGAGGACUGAAGGAAGUCUCCAGACAAAACUGUCGCGUUUUCUUUUCACCUACAGGAAUUCGCCACAGUCGACAACGGGGCGAGCUCCGGCUGAGCUGAUGUUCGGCCGAGCGCUGCGUACUCCACUGCAGUCGCUGCGCCCGAGUCUGCGCUCCACCGUGGAGGCCCGUCAGUCUGCCAUGAAGGACGUCCACGACCGCCGCGCCCGACCGCGCGAUUUCCGCGUCGGGGACGCCGUCUGGGUUGAAGAGUGUCAGGGCUUCGCCCGCCGAUGGGUCCCCGCGGUGGUCUCGAACGGCAGUGGUGUAAUGGUGGACGUUCGCCUCGAGGACGGCCGCGCCUUCACCCGUCAUGCUGACCAAAUUCGUCCGGCCCAUGUCGUCGCGGGUCACCCCUAGACCGCUGCAGUGGUGCCCCCUACCGAGUUACGGUGCUGAAUCGUGGCGUGGGUAUACUUCUUGCCUGUGGGGAGGAGUGUUGCGUACUGCGCUAUUGAUUUAGUGUUGUAUACUGCGCUGUUGAUUUAGUGGCCGAUUUCACUGGUCGGGUUUUACACGUCAGCGGAGUCGAUGCCGGGAGGUUUGCUCGUGUGCGCGCCAUUCGUGUCUGGGCUGGCGACUGGGUGGGGUUCGUGGCGGCGUUACAAUAUAUGAAGACUACGAGGCACAGUUGAGUGUUCGGUGGACAAGGACAGAACACAUGUAAUUCCCUGGCAGUAACUGAUCUUAU